CGUCCAUCCUGCAUGCCUGUGAGGGGAGGAAGAGAAAGCAUCCCCUCUUUGUGACCCAUUUUCCUUUAGGAAUAUCCUAUCUUUUACGCUCUUUAUCCAACCGUCGAGGCAGCAGUUUGAUCACCGCUUGCCAUUCCCUUUCACUUUUCUCGAACAAAGUUUUAAACCUCGACACAAUCUUGCCAACAGUGCUCGUCCUAAGACCUGUCACUUGACAUACUCAGAUCACUCACUACUCUUAUCAAUCUGUCUCACUCAAUAUUAAUUAAUCCACUUCUGGGGAAGGGCAAGAAGGACGUUCAGGCAGCACCUCGACAAACAACCGGAAAAUUGUUUCUGCAGCCGAUACCAUCCGAAAGCAAGGUCACACAUCACAACUUGUAAAUAAGUCCGUGACUCAAUGCCAAAGUCCCCCAUUUCCUCCCCGAGGAACUCAGGGUUCAUUCCCCUUGAAUCUCUGAACCAAUCCAGACAGCAGCAAGGAGGCCUAUCACCCUCCAAUGCACAAAGUGCCAAGGACGACCACAUAGUCAACAUUCCCCUAUCACCCGUCAUGACCAACCUCAGUACUGGCGCGAGGAAAGAAGGCCAGUCCAUGACUCGUCCGGACCUCAACCGCAACGCAACCGAUGCAACCGAAGAUGCUGGCAUUUUUCACAGACAUAUGGGCCGCCGGCGAGCAAGGAAGAUGGAGACUGGUGGGGAUGCGAGUCUGGUAGAGGACGAGGGCGCGUUGACUGCCAUGGGGCGACUUUAUGAGAAGAUCCUAAACUUUUCCGUCUUAACUCGUUAUUUGCUCUACAUUAUUCCGCUCUCGAUGUGCUUUGUUGUGGUUAUUCUGAUUGGUCUAUACGUCGCUAAGGACGCUGCCAUUGGCGCCACUGAGCGGACGAGGGGGGUUAGGAUUGUUUGGUUAUUUGUUUGGCUCGAGAUCGUCUGGUGCUCGCUUUGGGUCUCUAAACUAUUUGCUAAAGUUCUACCCAUUAUCUUCCAGACCCUCAUUGGUGUUGUCAGUAGUGGGGUGAAGAAGUAUGCACUGGUUAUCAAAGCUCUCGAAGUUCCCAUCUCACUUGUUGGUUGGGCUAUUGCCUCGCUCUGCUCUUUCCUUCCUUUGAUGACCAGGAAUCCCGACCAACUCAGGGCCAAUGAUACAAGCAUCAAAGAAUGGCAACGCCGCAUGAACCUUGUGCUUAUCUCUUGCCUAAUCUCAUCCUUGGUGUAUCUCGGCGCGAAACUUGUCAUCCAAAUUGUCUCCGUCGACUACCAUCGCAAGCAGUUCGCCCAGCGCAUCAAGACCAACAAGGAAAAUGUCAAGUUCCUUAGUCAACUCUAUGAAGCAUCCCGGAACCUCUUCCCUUCUUAUACAGAAUUUGCCGAGGAGGAUUAUAUUAUUCACCAGUCCCUUGCUACUAACCUUAUUAUCCCUAAACAGAGCGGUAGCGCAACGCCCAUGCGUGCAAUCUUGGGCAAUAUUAAUGUUGUACAGGACAAGGUUACUAGUGCGUUCGGUAACAUUGCACAGGAGGUUACUGGUAAUAAGAAUGUGUUCAACCCGAAUUCUGCGUAUUCUAUCGUUGUAAAUGCUCUCCAGCGAACCCGUUCUUCAGAGGCUCUGGCCAGACGUAUCUGGAUGUCCUUCGUUUCCGAAGGCCAUGCCGCGUUGACGAAGGAGGAUUUGCUCGAAGUCAUGGGGCCCGAUCACGAGGAACAAGCUUUGGAAUGCUUCUCUUCACUUGAUCGCGAUAACAACGGAGAUGUUAGUUUGGACGAAAUGGUGAUGCAUGUUGUCCAUAUGCAUAAUGAGCGCCAUGAUGUUGCUCGGAGCAUGCAGGAUGUGGAUAAUGCCAUUAGAGCACUUGAUAGUGUCUUGUCGUUCAUUGUGUUUGUCAUCGUCGUCCUAGUAUUCGUUAUCACGCAGCAGUCUAGCGUUGGGACAACUAUUGCGGGUGCUGGUACCGUGCUUAUUUCACUGUCUUUCGUCUUUGCUCUUACUGCCCAGGAAGUCUUGGGCUCUUGCAUCUUCUUGUUUGUCAAGCAUCCCUUCGAUGUUGGUGACCGUGUCGAUAUCGAUGACAAGAGGUUCCAGGUCGAGCACAUCUCCCUUCUCUACAGCGUCUUCAAGCGCGUGGACAACAACAAAAUCACCCAGGUCCCGAACAACGUCUUGAACACUAAAUGGGUUGAGAAUAUCUCGCGUUCAAAGUACAUGCAAGAACUUGUCAAGAUAGGGGUCAACUAUGAUACAAGCCUCGAAGAUAUCCAGAAGCUACGUGACGAGCUACUUGUAUUUGUCCGAGAGAAUAGUAGAGACUUUCAGCAGGAACUUGAGGUUGAGGUUAUUGGAAUUAACGAGCUCGAUAAACUGGAAAUUAAGGUUGAGAUUAAGCAUAAGAGCAACUGGUCCAAUGAAGCGCUUACCUGUCAACGCCGCAACAAAUUCUUCUGUGCCCUCGUCAAGAUCCUGAGGAAAAUACCCAUUUAUGGUGUCGGAAAGGGUGAUCCGGUCAUCGGUGAGGAAGCUAAACCAAUGUUCACGGUGGCAAUCAGCGAUGACAAAGCCCACGAAUACAUGGACAAGGGCAAUGAAGCCAAAAUAGCCCUCCGCUGGGACUCCAAAAAAGAGGGUGAGGAGGACAGCCGCUUGCAGAAAGGUAAAGAAGCUGGCGUCGCCACUGGCCUCAGUUUUGGCGUUUCACCUCCACACAACGCUUCCUCGCCUUUCUGCGAUAACCGUGCGAGACCUAGUUUCGAUGGCAGGAUGGACAACGCCACGGUUGGAAGACCUAGCAUAGAGAGUCGCCGGGAGGACAUAGAAGAGGUUCGGGGAUUACUGAAAAGAGAGUCUACAAAGGGACGUCGGAAACACGCGUUUUCGCCGAUUGGUACUCCACAAUAUAGUGGGCCGCAGGGGCAACAUCCAUCCGAAGGGGGGAAUCCGGGGGAUCGGUAUCCUGCCGGAGCUUCGUAUGCGGCACCCCCUUACGCGAAGUAGGGAGGUUUACGAUACUUGUGGGAUUGUGGGCUCUGGGAUCUCUGUCCAUAGGCGGCAAGAUAGAUUAUCGCAGCGCCUGGUCGGAUCACGCAUACCCACAUGCCCCCGUGACGUGAACAUGAAAUUGGCUCAACAGGCUGCAGUUUUUUUGUGACGUUCUUAUCUCUCAAUGCCCUAUCGUAUGGCGUCGUCUGUUUAGGUUCGUAGUUUGCUUUCCAAACUUUAGCUGCAAUAUCGGACGGGAUAUUCGACUGGCGGUUGGUUGGUUGGAGGAGGAAGGUUUACGUGGACUGGAGAAGGGGCGGGGGAGUAGGUGGUUGUGUAGUUGGGUAUCCCUAAUGUCAAUGUUAGAGUAAUAGAUUCUGUGGUUAUUA